AUGCUACUUUCGAAAUUGACUUUAAGCCAGCUGCAGAAUUCUAUCACGAGUGGCUUAACCUCCUCCCACCGGCAUGCACAUCGCGGCUGCUCUCUAUCCCACGCAUUGUCGACUGACUCUUCAUCCAACAGCGCGUCCUGCUCCAAAUCAAAAAGAUUCGAGUCAAAAGACGAAAAGGGCGAGAUGCCAAAUAAUGACCGGGCUCGUGUGGUGAGGGUGAAGCCUAUCGAUCAAGGUACUGCUGUUGCGGAAGCUUCCGAGAUGCUCGCUGAUAGCCAAGCUGCUGUUGGUGAUGACUAG